UAGACCUGAAGUUAACUGGAAUUGAUUUAUAAGUGAGGAAUCCUUAUUAAAUGGAUGCUCUCUUCAGCUUGCUACAGUGGAAAACUGAAUUGUCAAUCGAAUGUAGCCUGAUAAAUAGGACUCUGAAGAUGCUGUAUCAGCAAGAAUGAAAUCACUGGAAGACACCAUACAAAGAACCUUUUGGGUAUUCUCAGACUUAUUUGAUUUUUGAUUUUUUCCGGUUUCUGUGGGAGGGGAAAACCCUCCUUUCUGCCUUGCUGGAUACAAAUCUCUUUGUUUUAACCAUAGAUGUACAACUCAUGUGGGACCAUGGCUUUUCCAAUAUCUGUAUGGCUGAACUGUGUAUGGAGGGCAACACAAGCUCGCUUGUUGCACAUGGGAUUGGAUGCCACAUUUACCUUUUGCGUACUUGGGUUCUUGAUUCACACGGCCGCCGUGUCAUCCCAAAAGUUGGAUGAUAUUGACCCUGUGGUGACCACCAAUUUUGGGAAGCUGAGGGGGAUGAAGAAGGAAUUGAACAAUGAGAUUUUGGGGCCAGUGAUCGAGUUUCUUGGAGUUCCUUACGCUGCCCCGCCUAUUGGAGAACACCGGUUUCAACCACCUGAGCCGCCUUCUCCAUGGCCAGACAUCAAAAAUGCAACCCAAUUUGCACCAGUGUGUCCUCAAAACAUCAUUGAGGGCAGAUUACCGGAAGUCAUGCUUCCUGUUUGGUUUACGAACAACUUGGAUAUAGUUUCUACUUUCGUACAAGAUCAGAAUGAAGACUGCCUCUACUUGAAUAUAUAUGUCCCAACUGAAGAUGUCAAAAGAAUAUCCAAGGAAUGUGCCAGAAAACCCGGCAAGAAAAUUUGUAGAAAAGGAGACAUUCGAGAUAGUGGGGGACCUAAACCAGUCAUGGUGUAUAUUCACGGAGGGUCUUACAUGGAAGGCACUGGAAAUUUAUAUGAUGGCAGUGUGCUCGCAAGUUAUGGCAACGUGAUAGUCAUCACCGUCAACUACCGACUUGGGGUACUUGGUUUCUUGAGCACUGGGGAUCAAGCAGCUAAAGGGAAUUAUGGCCUUCUUGAUCUCAUUCAGGCCUUGAGAUGGACUAGUGAAAAUAUUGGGUUCUUUGGGGGCGACCCGCUGAGAAUAACUGUUUUUGGAUCUGGCGCCGGUGGUUCAUGUGUCAAUCUCCUGACUUUAUCCCAUUAUUCUGAAGGUAACCGUUGGAGCAAUUCAACCAAAGGUCUUUUCCAAAGAGCAAUAGCUCAAAGUGGAACAGCUCUUUCCAGCUGGGCAGUCAGUUUUCAGCCUGCCAAAUAUGCCAGGAUGUUGGCCACAAAAGUUGGUUGCAAUGUAUCGGACACCGUAGAAUUAGUAGAAUGUCUACAGAAGAAGCCGUAUAGAGAACUUGUCGAUCAGGAUAUUCAACCGGCCCGAUACCACAUAGCCUUUGGUCCAGUUAUUGAUGGGGAUGUGAUACCAGAUGACCCUCAGAUACUGAUGGAACAAGGAGAAUUCCUCAAUUAUGACAUUAUGUUGGGUGUUAACCAAGGAGAAGGGCUCAAGUUUGUGGAAAACAUUGUUGACAGUGAAGACGGCAUAUCUGCUAGUGAUUUUGACUUUGCUGUCUCAAACUUUGUCGAUAACUUAUAUGGGUACCCAGAAGGCAAAGACAUCUUGAGAGAAACUAUUAAAUUUAUGUAUACAGAUUGGGCAGAUAGACACAAUCCUGAAACAAGAAGAAAAACACUCUUGGCUUUAUUUACUGAUCACCAGUGGGUUGCGCCAGCAGUGGCUACCGCUGAUCUUCAUUCAAACUUUGGAUCGCCUACAUAUUUUUAUGCCUUCUAUCACCAUUGCCAAACUGAUCAGGUUCCUGCAUGGGCAGAUGCUGCUCAUGGAGAUGAAGUCCCGUAUGUAUUAGGAAUUCCCAUGAUUGGUCCCACUGAAUUGUUUCCUUGCAAUUUUUCAAAAAAUGACAUCAUGCUAAGCGCGGUGGUGAUGACAUAUUGGACAAACUUUGCAAAGACUGGGGAUCCCAAUCAACCAGUUCCACAAGAUACUAAGUUCAUUCACACAAAACCUAAUCGUUUUGAGGAGGUAGCAUGGACCAGAUACUCUCAAAAAGAUCAGCUUUAUCUUCACAUUGGAUUAAAACCACGCGUGAAGGAACACUACAGAGCUAACAAGGUGAACCUGUGGUUGGAACUCGUACCUCACCUGCACAAUCUUAAUGACAUUUCACAGUAUACCUCUACAACAACUAAAGUGCCAUCAACUGAUAUUACUUUCAGGCCAACCCGGAAAAAUUUGGUACCUGUAACGUCAGCUUUUCCUACAGCCAAGCAAGAUGAUCCCAAACAACCACCGAGUCUAAUUUCAGGAGAUCAAAGAGACUACUCCACGGAGUUGAGUGUCACCAUUGCUGUGGGAGCAUCCUUGUUGUUCUUGAACAUUUUAGCCUUUGCAGCGUUAUACUACAAAAAGGACAAGCGGAGACAUGAUGUCCAUCGGAGAUGUAGCCCUCAGCGUACAACUGCCAACGAUCUCACCCACGCACAAGAAGAGGAAAUAAUGUCCCUCCAAAUGAAGCACAGUGACUUGGGUCAUGAAUGUGAAUCCAUUCAUCCACACGAGGUGGUUCUUAGGACCGCCUGCCCCCCAGACUACACACUAGCUAUGAGAAGGUCACCUGAUGAUAUUCCUUUAAUGACCCCCAACACGAUUACAAUGAUUCCAAACACUAUACCUGGGAUUCAACCCUUACACACAUUUAAUACAUUUACUGGUGGACAGAACAGCACUCUGCCCCAUCCACAUCCUCAUUCACAUUCAACAACUAGGGUAUAGCCAAACAAGAGGAUAUGAACUGUUAUUUUUUGGGUUGGAUUCCAUUGGGUUAUAAUUGCUGAAGACUUAACUUGGCUUUCAACCCUACAAGACUCUUAUUAUUUAAAUUUGGAGGAAUAUUAUGUGAAUAUACAUAUCGAGAACUCGAGGGAGUUGGGGAAAAAAAUGAAUUGUACAUAUAUACAAAUGAACUUUAAAAAAAAAGAGAAAGCAUAACUUUAGCAAUUGCUCGAAGCAGUUGCUUUGAAUGGUACUUUUUACAUUCACACUCUUAUUAAUUUUUUUGAGGGUUUAAGUUACGUGAUGGAAUUAGGCACGUGUCACACAGGAGUGAUAGAGAAACUACAACUGAGAAAUUUAAAAAAAAAAAAGUUCUAUAAAUAUGCACAAGGGACACAUUGAUGGAAUGUCACAUCAUUUGCACCGGUUUUUAUUUGGAACUGUUUUCUUGUGUAGACCAUAUUUAUACCUUUGAAUCAGUAUCCAAAGCAUCAGAGCUGUUCAAGGCCUUAGACACAGGCUCAUGUGCUGAGAUCUGCCAGGUUUUUUUCUUUUUCUAAGUAACCAUGUUCUGGAAAUCUGGCAGCUUCAACAUUAUCACACAAGUGCUGUCGGUAUAAACAUUGUGGGGGAAAAGGAACUGAAUUUUUUUUUUUCGCACAACGUGCAUGAUAAUUUAUUAUGCUUGGUGGGUGUGCUGCUGAUUAAGCUGUCAUUAAAAUCUUUUCUCAUGUCAUUGGAGUGUCCAUCAGAAACUUAUUUCCUUGAUUGGCCUAACUGAAGGAAGGUUUGUUUUCUAGGAGGG